AUGCGUCGAUAUAAAUCAUUUAAUUUAAUUCAUCAUCUUCGUGAUGAAGCACUCAAAUGUAACCAGUGGAAUUUUAACCGAUCAAAAUAUUUACAACAUCGUUUUGAUUUAUAUGCAACAUUAAAUUGUCAAGAUGGAAAUGGUCAUUCUGGUUGUGUAAAUGCCCUUGACUUUUCUUCUGAUGGUAUUUUUCUUGCAUCAGGUGGUGAUGAUAAACGUGUCGUUCUAUGGAAUAUGACCGACACACUUUUUGACGCAUCUUAUCGCCCACCAACAACAUUAACAGCAACACAUUUAAGUAAUAUAUUUUCAAUAAAAUUCGAUAAUCAAAAUCGACGUAUUAUUUCAGCAGGAAACGACGAACAGAUUCUAGUACAUGAUAUUGAAAAACAACAUCAAGGAUUAAAUAGUGGUCAUGCUGAUGAAUUAGUAGAUGUAUUUCUUGAAUCUUCACCAGUCAAUUGUUUAUCUGUACAACCACAACAAAAUGAUGUAUUUAUAGCAGCAACCGAAGAUGGUCAUGUUCAUUUAUAUGAUUUACGUUCGGCUUCGUCGGCAGCCGAACAUGAUCAACCAUCAACUGUUGUUGCCGAAUCAUUCGAUGGUUCAUUUCAUUCAUGUAUAUUUCAUCCUCAACAGACAUUUUUAGUUGCUACGGCUAAUGCUCGGCAAGGCAUCGAACUGUACGAUAUUCGACUAAGUAAAAGCUCCGUGCUUCGUUAUGGUACCACAACAAGUUCAACCGAUAAAACAACAAAUAGUAAUGAUGAUGAUAUUGAAGGUAUGAGCGUUACUUUUAAUAGUAAUGGCAGUCUUCUAUAUGCACUUCGUCGUCGAUUACCUCCUGUACUUUUCAAACUUCAUGAACCUCAUGCCUUCUGUCAAUUUGAUGCAGAUAAUUUUGUAAAUGUGUGUACAAUGAAAGCCGGCUGUUUUGCUGGUGAUCAUGAUCAGUAUAUUGCAUCAGGUUCAGAUGAUUUUAAUGUUUAUAUUUGGCGAAUACCCAACAAUGAUGAUAUUAAAACACUUCAACUUCAUUCCCGGUCAAAUCUGAGUUCAGAUCAUUUUGUAUGGAAUGCUCAUAUGAUUCUACAUGGACAUCGAUCUGUUGUCAAUCAAGUUCGAUACUCACCACGUAUACAUGCAUUAGUAUCUAGUGGCGUCGAAAAAGUCAUUAAAAUGUGGACUCCGUAUCAAACACGUAAUCAUAAUAAUAACAAUAGUAACGAAUUAAGCGGACGACAAGAAAUGUAUUCACAUCGAGAUUAUUUACAAGCUCUAUUAGAAUCAGGUUCUGUCCAUCAUGAUUCAUCAGUUGAACAAUUUGACGAAGAUAGACGUAUGCUUGCUUUUUUUGAUUCACUUCUUCAACGAGAGCUUGGACGUGGUCAUAAUGAUAGUAGUGAUGACGAUACUGAUGAUUUAUCUAUUACUAUUGAUUCAAGUGAUGAUAUUGAUGAUAGUUCAUUUAGAAUUAGUCAGUCCGAAGACGAAGAUAGUGAAGAUAUGACACUAGAAGAUAUCAAUAGUCAAACAGUAGAUCUUACUGAUUCGACAACACAUUUCAAUAAUGGAACUGAAAUACUGUCUUCUCGUGCUCGUCAUCCUACAAUAGUAUCUCUUGCUAAAAACUACCGUAUUCAUUAUGUACAAAUGAUUAAAGCAAUAAUUACAGAAAAUACAUCAUGUCCAUCAGAAAAACAUGGAUUAGAGUCACCAACAAUGACGACAGUCAAACGUCAACGUUCAUCGUCAAAUUAUUCCAAUACAUUGCAGGCCUUGAGAAACAGAAUUCAAAAUGAAGAAAAUGAGCAAUUCUAUUUCAAUGAUGAGAGAAGAAUGUAA